AUGGCUUCGACGUCCAUGCCUCCCAAGCGAAGAGGCUCGGCUUCGGGUUUUCGUGCCUAUGUUGCGAAGCGGCUCCGGGCAGGGCGACAGAUUCUGAAUGUCGUGUGUCAACGGUGCACACUACGUAAUGCAUCUGGAGCUCUUCGUUGUGCAGCUUGCGAUGCCGCUCUGGCUAAUUGGACAUGCUGGACAUGCACGCUGAUCAACACUCCGGCUGCAGACUGCUGUGCUGCAUGUGAGACUCCCCGGAAGAGCGCGCAAGCCCGGCCAUUGCACUCGUCCGUACCGUAUUCGGACGCGAACAGUGUGGUGCUAUCUCCACAGCUUGAUUUGGCCCCACGGGCCUCCUUGGUGUUCCUGCAUGGUUUCUGCAACACUGCGGAAAUGUACUCCGAAAGUGAGGUAUUCACUCUCUUCCGCUGUCAGGGCUUGCGGGUCAUUCUCCCCACUGCGCCCCUGCAGCGCAUCACAGCGCAUGGUGGCCAGAAGCAGAAUGCAUGGUAUGACUACUUAACGGACCAUGACGGGGCGCAGGAGGAUGACAUUGAUGAUGGAUCGCUCCAUGCAACACGCCGGCGACUCAACAUGAUCGUGGAUGCAGAAGCCGCCCUGAUGGGAGAACAUCGCAAAGUUCUGCUGGGUGGGGCGUCUCAAGGCUGCUGUGCCGCCUUUGAUGCCUUUGCGCGGCACCCCGCAAGACUUGGCGGAUUUGUUGGAUUUGUGGGCCAUCCGCUGAAGACGACACCGCUGCAAAGUUCACUUCAGCGAGAUGUGCCCUGCUUUUUCUUCAAUGCCGCUGCAGAUGACACAAUGCGAACGCAAUGGGUGCUUCCCGCCAUUCGUCGUCUUGCUGCAGCAGGUUGGACUCGAGUGAACGUGGAGGUUGCUGACGGAGCAGACCAUGGCACGUCGGACGAACUGGAGAAUCACUGGAUGGACAGUUUUCUAGCACAGUUCUUUGCCAGCUUGUAA